GUCAAAUUUUCCAUGUUAUCGAGUCCACUCAGAGCGGCAUACUAAUUAUAAGACUCCAUUAAAGUUGUCGGAACAACAAGUCAGAAAAUCACGGGUCACGUCUGUGACGCCGUAACUACCUUAUCGAGAGCAUCUUACCGCAUCUUGUACACUCUACCUCAUCAAGGGGACGUGACUUCAGGACAUAUAUACCUCUAGCUCGUCCUUUCUCUACUCUUCAAUUCACCCUCGACCUUGUACCAAUGAUGGCCAGUUUUAUGAGCUAUUUCGGCACCCGACGGGACCCUAAGCAGUCAGCGAGGGAUGCCAUAGUCACACUACGUCAACAGCUGCAGAUGAUAGAGAAGAAGGAGGAAUACCUGCAGAAGAAGAUUGACGAGGACCUGAAGAAGGCCAAAGCAAACGCUGUUUCCAACAAGCCAGUGGCUACACAGGCUCUGAAACGGAAGAAGGCAAACGAACUCGAGCUGGAUCGCCUUGCUGGGACACGACUGCAGCUUGAAAUGCAAGUUAAUACGCUCGAGUCGGCGAAUUUGAACGCGGAAACGAUGGCGGCUAUGAAGAAGGCGGCUGAUGCAUUGAAGGUUAUUCAUGGGAAUAUGAAUGUGGACAAGGUCGAUGCGACGAUGGCAGCUGUGAAUGAACAGAGAGCGGUGGCAGACGAGAUUGCUGAUAUCAUAUCAAAUCCUGCGUACACAAACACGGACUUGGAUGAGGAUGCUCUCAAGGCAGAAUUGGAUGAGCUUGAGCAAGACGAGCUGAAUGAACGAUUAAUGGGUGCUGAUCAUGUACCGGUGCAUCAACCAGAGUCAGCAACAGCACGGAAAGACGCUCCGGUUGCUGUCGAGGAUGACGAGGAAGCUCAGCUUAGACAACUACAAGCAGAACUCGCAAUGUAGCUCCUUAAACCCUUCUUCCGUUCAGUUCUAUCAUCUCCAUUUGUUCUAUUACUUACAUCACGAGUCUUGUAGUUUUCUGUUGAUUUCUGUUCCAAUAUUACCACGCCAUUGUAUAUUCGGACAAGGCAAGAUGCGAUACUGAAGAGGCGAACUCAGACAAGAUG